GUGAGCACACGUUAAUUUUGAAAAUUGGAGUCUUUCGUACUUUAUAUAAAUUAAAAUGUUAAAUAUUAAUAGCACUUUGCAAAAUGCAACUUGCUUACUUAAAAUAAAAUAUUAAAAGAAAAGUACUGUGUGAUUAAUAUAUUUCGUGUUCCUUGGAUUGUUACCUGUAGCUUUCUAAAAUGUUAGAUACGUUUGUUGGCUCGAAGAUAAUAUUAUAAAUAAGGGUCAUAAUUAUUUUUAUUUUAUCACUGUAUCUUUCGCCAACUCUAAUAUGUCUUUAGACGACUCAAAUCCGGAUAAACAGCCUUCCCGACACACCAUUUUAGAAAAAAUUAAUUUGGACAAUUCUGAUGUACAUACGAAUAAGCUUCCCGACAUCACUGAUUUCACAAUAAUAAAACCUAUUAGUCGUGGUGCCUUUGGAAAAGUGUUUCUUGCUCAAAAGAAAAAUAAUCCAGAGCAAGUGUAUGCCAUAAAAGUUAUGAAGAAAUCUGAUAUGAUAAAUAAGAAUAUGGUGGCACAGGUGGUGACAGAAAGAAAUGCAUUAGCACUGUCAAGGAGUCCCUUUUGUGUUCACUUGUUUUAUUCCUUACAGUCCUUAUCAUCAGUGUAUUUGGUAAUGGAGUACAUGGUUGGUGGAGAUAUGAAGUCACUAUUAGGUGUCUAUGGGUUUUUUGAAGAAUCAAUGGCAGUAUUCUAUAUUGCAGAAGUCACUUUGGCACUUGAUUAUUUGCAUAAACAUAAUAUUGUCCACAGAGACUUGAAACCAGAUAAUAUGCUUGUGUCUGUGACCGGGCAUGUUAAAUUAACAGAUUUUGGUUUAUCUAAAAUUGAAAUAUGCAGAGAUUUGGAGUUUUCGGAUUUUAUUAAUAGGACACCAAGUUUGAACAUGCACACUCCGGGCCAACUGUUGUCCCUUACGUCACACCUUUCAUUUGGUUCUGCGGGGAAUAAUACUACUCAUAACUCAGAAGUUGCAGCUUGUGAGAACCUUCUUGAUGAGCUUAAACUAAUUAGUAAGCAGAGAGGAUUAUUUGAUGGAACGAGUGGAUUGGAAAGUUCCAACUCUGUGGAACAUUCUCAGUUGUCAGGAAUACACCCAUUCCUGAGCGCCGAGAGCAUUCAUGUAGAAGAUGUGCCUGCUCGAGACUCCGGAUCUGAAUCGUUGAGUUCGUAUGCAACAUGCGAAAGCUAUAAAGAUAGCUCAAACUCGAGAAGUAUUAAAUCAAAUGAUCUAAGCAGCACUAAUGGAUCAUCAUUAGAGUCUGCUCUUACUGAUUCACAGCAUGAUCAGUCCACUUCUCCACUAUGCAGAGGACAUUCAUUGAAGAGGAUCCCUAGUUUCAGAGGUAAAAAAAGAAAAAGGAUAUUAGAUUGUGAUGGAGACACACCCACCGGGGUAACCAGUCUAGCUGAAUCCAAAGAAAAUCACAGUGGACUUACACAAGAGAUUAUGGCAUUAGAACUGGAAGUUACCCAGAACACACCAAAGAGAAUAUCCAUACAUCCCACACCAGAAAGAAGAAACCCCUUAAAAGGUGUUCUUAAGAAAAGAUGGGUCUCCCAGAAUGACAGUCAUCACUUCAAUGUAGGAGUAAUAUUUUCAACACCAGUAUCAAAUAGCAAGGCACAUACUAUGCAGAAGAGACAGAAGGAGACCAGAUUUAAUUUGCCUUUGGAGGAUUCAACUUCUAGUGUAAAGGACAAGUCUUUAAUUUUCGGAAAACAUAUAUCGAACAGCUUAGAGAUUUUUCCUGUUCGAAGAAUGAGCAAUGGUGAAGGUAGUUCACCGCCGUCUGACUUGUGUAAAACGCCAGCAUCCGCGGCACAAACACCGUACAGGACUCCAAAGAGCGUUCGGCGCGCGAGUCAAGUGUCCGAUCAAAGAAUUCUGGGAACACCUGAUUACCUGGCUCCAGAAUUGUUACUUAGACAAGGUCAUGGCCCACAAGUGGACUGGUGGGCGUUAGGAGUGUGUCUGUAUGAGUUUAUGACUGGAGUGCCUCCGUUCAAUGAUAAAACUCCCCAAGAUGUCUUCAAAAAUAUAUUGGAAAGAAAUAUAGAAUGGCCUGAAGCAGAUGAAGCAUUGUCUGCUGAAGCCGUGGGUGCUAUCGAGAGUCUACUUACAAUGGAUCCCAGCUGCAGGCCGGCCGCAGCCGAAGUACGAAUAAUGCCUCUGUUUAGGAAUGUUGAUUGGGAUAACCAGCUGAAUGCUGAGCCACCAUUUGUACCAACACCAGAUGAUAUACAUGAUACUGGAUACUUUAAUGCUCGCAACAUUCUCCAACAGUUGCAAGUAUCUAAUUUCGACCUUUGACACAAGGUAUAUGAUGCUAAAAAUAUUUGGAUGAAGAUAUUAUGGAUUAGACAGUAAUUAUGUGUGAUAUAUUCAGAAUAAGUUAUAAUGUUAUUUAUAUUAAGUAGGUUUCAGAUGAAUUCGUGUAAUUAUGUUUGUGAAUUUUUAUUUUAUGUAGAUUAAAAUAAAACAAUUUCAUGCUAAA